AUGAGAGAAUUACCCAUAUUGAAAUACAAACAUGAAAUUAAAAAAUUGAUAAAAAAAAAUAAUUUAAUCAUAAUAAAAGGAGAAACAGGUUGUGGAAAGACUACUCAAGUUCCCCAAAUAAUAAAUGAAAUAUUUUUUGAUAAAAAAGAGAAAAAAUAUGAUAAUAUCAAACAUAAAAAUGAUGAAAAAAAGAAAAGGAAAGAGAAAAAAAAAAUGUUAAUAUCUCUUCCUAGAAGAGUAGCAACUAUUACUGUUGCUGAAAGAGUUUCCAAAGAAAUGAAAAGAGGUGAUAUAGGUAAUUAUGUUGGUUAUACUAUAAGAUUUAAAAAUGUAUGUUCUGAUAAAACUCGAAUAAAAUUUGUUACAGAUGGUAUAUUAAUUAGAGAAAUCAUGAAUGAUCCUUUAUUAAAAAAAUAUAAAUUUUUAAUUCUCGAUGAAAUUCAUGAAAGAUCUAUUAGAACCGAUGUCUUAUUAGGCUAUACAAAAAUUUUGUUACAAAAAAGAAAAAAAAUUAAAAUUAUACUAAUGUCUGCAACGUUUGAUAUAAACAUAUUUAAUCAAUUCUUUAACAACCCACCAAUUAUAACUAUUCCUCAUAAGCUUCAUAAAAUUACAAUAUAUUAUCCUAGAAGAAAUAUAGAAGAUUAUAUCCUGUCAGUUGUCAGUACAAUUUUGCAAAUACAUUUUGGUAAUACUUCAUAUUCAUCGGAAUUUGAAAAUGAUGAUGAUCAUAGAGAAAAUAAACCAAAUGAAUUAAACGAAUUAAAUAAAUCAAACGAACAAAAUGAAUUAAACGAAUCAAACGAAGUGAAUAAAGAGCACGACUCGUACGAAUCAAAUAAAACUCACGAUAUAAAUGAAAUAGAUGAACAGAACAACCUGCAGACAGAUAAUAUUUCUAUGAACAACAUAAAUGAAGAUAUAAAAAAGACGGAGGAUAAAAGUCUUGGUGAUAUUUUAGUAUUCUUACCUGGUCAAGAAGAAAUCGAAAUGGUAAAUAUUAUGUUAAAAGAAAAAUUAAAAAUAAUUUAUAAAGGAAAUUUAUUAAAUAAAUUAAUGAAAGAAAGAAAUAAUUAUAAUAAUCAAAAUGAUUUUCAAAAUAAAAUAAAUAAUAAAUUUAAUACUGAUGAUCAUAUACUUAAUGAAAUUUGUUUUCAUUUUGGUAAAACGGAAAUAAUGCCAGAUAAAAUUUAUAAUAUGAAAAUCUUACAACUAUAUUCAUCACUUCCAAAUAAAAAACAAAAAGUUAUAUUUGAACCUGUUCCCCCAAACACAAGAAAGGUAAUUUUAAGUACCAACAUUGCAGAAACAUCGGUGACCAUUCCGAAUAUAAAAUAUGUAAUCGACAGCGGAAAAGUGAAAAUAAAAUAUUUUGAUGUAAAUAGGGGAAGCAACGUUUUAAGAGUAACUCAAAUAUCUAAAGAUUCUGCAAUUCAAAGAAGUGGAAGAGCAGGAAGAGAAGCGCCAGGACAGGUAUAUCGAAUAUAUACAAAAGAGGAGUAUGAGAAUAUGAAUCCUUUUUUAAUACCUGAAAUUUUCCGUUCAGACUUGACUCAAAUAUAUUUGGAAUUAAAGGCCAUGAAUAUUAAUAACCCACUUGAAUUCAAUUUUCCAGAAAAUCCAAGGAAAGAACUUUUUGUACAUUCAGCGAAAAUGCUUUUUAAAAUAAACGCUAUCGAUAUGAAUAAUAAUUUAACUGAUUUGGGAAAGAAACUUUGCUUAUUUCCUUUAAAUCCUAUAUACGCUAAUAUAUUAUUAUGUUCCAUAGAAUUUAAUUGUAUAGACGAAAUAGCUACUAUUGUAGCAUUACUUAAUUGUGACAGUAUUUUUUUGAAUUAUAAUUUUUAUGAAGAUUUGGAUACGCUAAACAAUGACUCCUUGGACAAAAAAAAAAAUAAUAAUGAACAAAAAAAAAUUGUGCAAAAGAAUUCUGUUGAAGAUUCAAAGGAAAAUAUAAACAAAUUAGAAAAUUAUGAUAAAAAAAAAGGAAAAAAUAAUAAUCUUGAACCAUAUGACGAUGACCAUGAUGAUAAUGAUAAUGAUAGUAAUAAUAAUGACGAUGAUAUGGGAGAAAAAAAAAUGAAUGAUAAGAAUAAAUUAAUUAAUGUUGCAAGAAGAAAACUUAUACAUCCCGAUGGGGAUCAUUUAACAUUAUUACAUAUUUUUUAUUUAUGGCAAGAAGCUGAUAUUAAAGAAAAAAAACAUUUUUGUAAUAUAUAUGCUUUAAAUAAUGAAAUAUUACAGCAAGUAGAAAAAAUAAAAAUACAAUUAUUAGAAAUUAUGAAAAAUAAAAUGAAAAUUGAAAUACCAAAAAAAUUACAUAUGCAUAAAUGGGAUCAAAUUUUGAUUUGCUUAUGUAAGGCAUGUUUUUUUAAUAUAGCCAAAUCAACAUCAAAUACAAAUGUUUAUAUAAAUUUAGUGAAUAAGACAAAAAUAAGAAUUCAUCCAUCAUCAACUCUUUUUAACUCUUAUAUUAAACCAACAUUUAUAUUUUAUUCGGAUAUUGUACAAACAAAAAGAUUGUAUGCUCGAAUUGUGACGAAAAUUGAGGCAGAUUGGUUAUUGAAAUAUGUAUCAGCAAAAUUUCAAGUAGCCAAAAGUUAA